GUCUCAUUGCACUUGCGGCGAACACUUAUUAUUAUUUUUUUUUACAUUUUUGAAAUAAAUAAAGAUACCCACGGACUUGUUAGGGACUUUUUCUGUGCGCCCCCCCCCCCACACCACCACCUCGGACAGAGAGUUGUAAACCUGCUUCUCCGUUUUUAAAGCGCCUCCUCGGCUCCACUGUAAAUACACGAGACUAACAGGAUGACAACGCACUUCAGGAGCGGACCUGCCUUCGGUCUGUCUGCCGAGGUCAAGAGUAAGCUUGCAGGGAAGUACGACCACCAGAAGGAAGAGGAGCUGAGGCUGUGGAUUCAGGAUGUGACGGGCAAGAGGAUAGGGGACGGCUUCAUGGAGAGUCUGAAGGACGGGGUCCUGCUGUGCGAACUCAUUAAUGUGCUCCAUCCGGGUUCUGUGAGAAAGGUCAGCAGCUCCACUCAAAACUGGCACCAGCUGGAAAACAUAGGGAAUUUUGUCCGCGCGAUCACAGUGUACGGCCUGAGGCCAGAUGACAUCUUCGAGGCCAACGAUCUGUUUGAAAAUGUCAACCACACUCAGGUCCAGAGCACGCUCAUCGCUCUGGCUGGAAUGGCCAAGUCCAAAGGUUUCCACUCCAAGUACGACUUGGGAGUGAAGUACGCUGAGAAGCAGCAGCGGCGCUUCGCUCCGGAGAAGCUCAAGGAGGGACGCAACAUCAUCGGCCUGCAGAUGGGCACCAACCAGUUUGCCAGCCAAAAGGGCAUGACCUCCUACGGCACACGGCGACACCUGUAUGACUCCAAGAUGGCCAUGGAGACCCCUUUGGACCAAUCUACCAUCAGCCUACAGAUGGGCACCAACAAGGGAGCCAGCCAGGCCGGCAUGACCGCCCCGGGGAGCAGGAGACUUAUCUUCAACAAGAAGCUGGACCUGGAGAACUGUGACACCACCACCAUCUCCCUGCAGAUGGGCACCAACAAAGUGGCCUCGCAGCAGGGCAUGACAUCCUACGGCCAGCCCCGCCAGGUCUACGACAACAAGUACUGCACCAACCCCACCGAGGCCAACUGCGACAACGGGAGCGAGGCGGAGUUCGACGGCUACCAGUACUCUGACUAAGAGAACCACAGCCCCCCACCCCCUCCCUCCUCUUUGCUUAACUUCAGACAACCAACCACUGCUGUCUUCGUGACGAUCAAACCUACCAGACUGUUAUUUUUAACGCCGACCGACGUCGUCUUCGUUCCACGUCGUCUUUCUAAACGUACUUUUACUCUUAGGAAUUUAUUGUUCGUCUUUCCGUGAGUAAAAGGAAAGAAUAGUGUUUGCACUGACCUUACGUCAAAGAUUUCAUGCAGCGGCCAACCUCUGUAUCACGUUGCUCUGAUGGAUUUUGUUACCGCUAGACAUACCCAAGCAACGCUCUGAUUUAAUGACCUUUGCUAUUUAUAGAUUUGUUUUUUGCUACAGUCUUUUAUACUUUCAUUGUAAUUAGAGAUUUUGAAUUUUAACUGUCGACACCCCCUCACCUCCCUACCCUUCCAAUCCAGUUUGAGCACUGACGAAGCAGAAUUUAAAGGAAACAAGUGACGUUGGCGCUAUUGAACUUUUUUGACCCAUCCGGACCCGGGAGUCCACCUCGGGACGACACGGAAAGCUCCGGCGGUUUCCCACAGACUGAGCCGAGGGCCGGCGAUGCGGGAGGACUGGUAGCUUUGUGCGGACAUUGCUUUGUUUUGCGAGCACCCGCGCUGUCAUGUUCACCAGCCUGCACAAAUGACCCACCGUUGUUUUUUACGGGGCUAAUUUAUAUUGCUUUGUUGCGCAUGUGCAUCUUUUUAAAGGAGGUAUUGAGGGGAAAAGAAUAGAUGCUUUUUGAUAAAGGUGUUGAACUAUAUAUAUAUAUAUAUAUAUAGUUUGAAGUUAGGGUAAACUUAGUCACCAGUAGUCUUUGUCUUGUUGUUUCUUUGGCUUUUGUGCCGCUCAACCUUGUGCCUAGUUAGUAAGCAGUGGUGGAGUUUAAUGAAGUACUUCUGCUAAGUACAAACUUGAGGUACUUUGCUUGAGUAUUUCUAUUUGAAAUGGACUCAGAUGAUUAUUUUGUACUUUUUAAUCCACUGCACUUAUUUGUCAGUUAUAGUAACUUUACAAGAUACAAUUUUACAAAUGAGGUUAUAAUAAUAAUAAUAUAAUAAGUAGAAUAACAACCACAGGGGCCAUUUUUAAUGUACUUUUACCUUCGUAACAUCUCUAGGGCUGUAACAAACAGUCCAAGCUUCAUUCCUAGAGUUGACAUUCGAAUUCUAAAUUAACAUUUUUUUUUUUUUUUUCUAAGUCUAUUCAUUUUUGUUUUAAAUCGGGUAUUUCUGUACAGGCUCCACUAAUAUUAUUAGAAUUAUACUAUUUGUUGUGGUAGGAUUGUUUCCGACUCCUGUGGUCCAAUUAUUUCCAGUCACUCCAGAGUCGAGUCCAAAAGUCAAAAUGUAUUGAAAAAUAAGAUGGAUGUAACUAUUUACAAAAUUCACAUAUUUAUCCAUCUUAAAUAUUCCACUUUAAUUCAUAUUUGUUGCCGUUUAGCUUUCAACAACGUUGUCGUUUUGCUCACCCGCUCGCUGCACUUUUAAAUUUAGGGUGAUGACGUCAUGAAAUAUGGCAGACAUUCGAAAGCCUCCAAUAGAAGCUUCAAAUGUAAAAAAACAACAAACAUUCGGUGCAGCACAUAACAUUUCAAAUGCUGGACUGGUAACGGGGGUAUUUUAACACUUAUGGUAUACUAGAGUAAAGUAUCCGAGUACUUCAUCCUCCAUUGAUGUCAAUAUCAAAGUAGACCCUGGUGCCUGUACUACCUGAUGAUUGCUCAGUGAAUCAUGCCAAAUAUCCAGAUGAGAUUCUUGUUUUUUAAAUGUUCUGCGUCAUACUGUUGAAACCCACCGAAUGCUUUGAAUGUAAUGUUAGCGGAGGGUUACGGGAUUCAUUUAACACAUUAGAAAGCAGUAAUGUGCAUUCAUAAAAGCUUCAGAGGAGUCUCGGGCACCUAGUCGAGUGCUUCACAUCGAAACCUCCGCAUUUCUUUGUGAAAUCUUCGGAUGUAUCGGCUCCCAAUUACUGUCAGAAUUAGGUGUUAAAGAAGCUUCAUGUGUGUGUUCAUGUGCUGAAUGGGCCAAUAGAUCGGAGCUCUUUAAUUGUUCAGCAACAAAGGAGUCGCAGCCACGAUCGAGGACAUGUAGCAGUGUGCCAUCUAGUGGAGGGAAAGCACUUGUACAAUCCAUCAAACGUCUGAACAUUCCCUUUUUUUAUUCAAUCAAAUGUAGUUUUUAGUUCCCUGUGAUGUCAGCAAUGUUGAGUGAAUGUAUCGUAACAUUUCACUUUAAUGUGUUGGCUUUUUUUCAACAUUGUUCAAACUUUACAUCUUUGCUAACCUCUUGACCUUUUUGUUUUGUUUUUAUUUCUAUACGCGUUCACUAAACAUGACUGUGCAAUAAAAAAACACUUGAAAAAAA